GGUAGUCUAAUCCCUGCGCCCUGUUGGUGGAAAUCCCCACGUGGUCCACUGGUGUAUAAAAGUUUGGGUGCGCGGAGCCCCUGUUGUCGUGACUGCACAGGGAGAAAAGGGUCUCAGUGAACAACAGCAUCCUGCAGGACGCACGGAGCUGCGCGCAUCGGACCCAGUACCCAGGCGCACACACACACACACACACACACACACACAAAAGACACGGGACUCCGCGAGCUUUGUUAUUCUCUGUGGGACUGCAGCUGUUGGACACUGCGUGUUGUUUGAAUGGGAAAGAGCGGGCUGGACGCGGUUUUUACUGAUACUCCUCGGAGCUGGUGUGUGUUUCUCCGUCGGUUUUGCUAGAUUCCACAUGUGAAGUGAACAAUCCGCGUGACAGAAGCGCGUCAACGAUUCCAAACUGGCGAGUGCGCCUGGCAGUCCGAGAGAUGAACUUCUCCUGUGUGCAGAGAAAAGACGCCUUGCUGGAUAAGCGACCUGAAGGCUCGGCGCCUGGGCUUCAGUAGCCCCUCACGCUGUUUCAGCAGCCCCCUUUCUGUUUGGGAAUACACCGACUGCUCUGGCUUCUGUGGAUAUCUUGUGGCACUCACUUUUGGAACACGAGUGGACGUUCGGAUAAUUGUAAAUGAAAAAUCAGCUUUAAGCUCAGAGCGUGUCGAACACACAUGUGCAUCCUCCUUAGCAUUUAGACUCUAAUCCUAACUUUUCUUUAAAAUGAGCAUCCACAGCGUGGCUUUGUCCUGUUUGCUGGCGUGCGUUCUGUCCGUCCGCUGCAGCACGGGGCCCGGGACAGAGACGCAGAGUCCGCCCCAGGAGUCGUGCGCGUCCUGCGGCCUCAGGGCGUCGGACCAGUCGGAGCGCGUGGACAUAGACUUUUUGGAAGCGGUGAAGAGGCACAUACUGAACCGGCUGCAGAUGAGGGAGAGACCCAACAUCACCCAUCCCAUCCCGAAGGCUGCGAUGGUGACGGCGCUGCGGAGGCUGCACGCCGGGAAGGUGCGCGCGGACGGCCGGGUGGAGAUCCCCAGCUUUGACGGACAGGCUGCGUACAACAACGAGGUUCAGGCGGAGAACUCGGAGAUCAUCAGCUUCGCAGAAUCAGACGACCGCACAUCCAAGUCCGGCCUGUACUUCCACGUCUCCAACGAGGGGAACCAGAACCUGUUCGUGUCCCAGGCCAACCUGUGGCUCUACCUCCGCGUGCAGCCAGCCGGCCCCGAGAAGGGCCUCCGGAGGAAGGUGACCGUCAAGAUCCACUACCCAGAGGGCGUGGCUGGCGGCGGCGCGGAGGGGGGGCCGGGAGGCGGCGGCGGCGGCGGAGGGGGAACAGGCCGCUGGGCUCUAGUGGAGAAGCGGGUGGAUCUGAAACGCAGCGGCUGGCAUACCUUCCCCUUGUCGGAGGCGUUGAGGGCUGUCUUCGGAAAAGGCGGACGGCGUCAGGACCUGGAGGUCCACUGUGACGGUUGCGAGACAUCCGGCGUGGCUCCGGUGCUAGUGGACCCAGGCGACCCAUCCCACCGGCCCUUCCUGGUGAUGCGGGCGCGACAGGUGGACGGAAAGCACCGCAUUCGUAAACGGGGGCUGGAGUGCGACGGCACCAGCGGGGGCCUCUGCUGCCGGCAGCAGUUUUACAUAGACUUCCGCCUUAUUGGCUGGAACGACUGGAUCAUUGCGCCAGCUGGUUACUACGGCAACUACUGCGAGGGCAGCUGCCCGGCGUACAUGGCCGGCGUGCCCGGCUCGGCGUCCUCCUUCCACACGGCAGUGGUUAACCAGUACCGGAUGAGAGGCAUGAGCCCCGGCUCGGUCAACUCCUGCUGCAUCCCCACCAAGCUCAGUACUAUGUCCAUGCUCUACUUCGACGAUGAAUACAACAUCGUGAAGAGGGAUGUGCCCAACAUGAUCGUGGAGGAGUGUGGCUGCGCUUGAGUCCACACCGACAUUCAUCCUCUUUGGACUAUGGAACAGUCGGAAAGGUCUUUAAUACAGACGGACGUUAUUGUACGGUACACAUAUACAAUAUAUAUAUAACUACUGUUUGUGAUAGCAGCACACACACUGGCGCGUCUGGUACAUGUCGCAGAUGCAAAAGCACCAGUGCUGUGUCCAUGUGUGUCCCGUGUGCGUUUGCACAUGUGCGUGCGAGUGUGUGUAUUUAUCAGACCGAGUGCUUGCUGUGCGUGCCGACGAGCGCUCAGCGACGGGACGACAAGGGAACGAUUAUCACCAAAUGAGACUUUGCUCUAGUUCGCCAUUUCUAGUCAAAAAAUAAUGGCUCAUCAUCUCCUCUUGAAUGAAGAUAACAAGCGCUUAAGGAAAAGUGACAGGAUCAGCCGCCCCCAACGCUCCCACACACCCUGCUCCUCCAACCCUCUUAAGUACUUAAGCACACCACAGACCUUCUUUUUUUUUUUUAUAAAGCACUGACAAUUCAUCCGCUUAUACAAUUCAGAAACACCAGCACUUCCCUACAACGCCAACAGACACAGUCUAACUGUCCUCUCUGGUGGAAUCAGACCAGCAGCGCUUAACGCCCUGCAGGAUUAUCAGCGCUCCACAGCAAGGUGGAGAAAGUCCUCCACGUAGCUGCUGCUGCUGCUUGGGCUUCUCUUGCUGUUGACUACUUCCUGCCUGUCAGGAGAGAGCUGCAGGCCCUGCUACCAUGACAACCAGGUGAAGCUAGAUCUCAUAAGUGCACUUCACCUGUGCACUGGGAGCGACACAGAGAGAGAGAACCGCCCCCCCCGUGGGCCUGCGGGCGCGGGUGACUCCAGCGUGGGACACAUAGUGUGCAGUGCAGAACUUGCAGAAACUGAAAUGCACACCCUGAAUAGCACUUGUAUAAAGAAACGCCUUCCGAGGGCUACUGAGUAGUGGUGUAAAUCCUAGGUUUUUAAUCACGGUACCGACUCCUCGGACAACGAGACCAUGUCUGGCUGAAAGUCUGUCCCCAUGCGGUCCCCAUUCCGUUCAUUUCAGGGGCCUGCGAUCGAUCUGAGGCGGAUUAAUGAGCCCAUUUAACACAGAAACAUUUAUGUCAACUCAAAAAGGCAACUUACAUAAGAUUUGACAACUUAUAGCUAUAACUGAGCUCUUCGAGACAUUUAAAUUAACAACAAACUACUCUUUUUAAUAAAAAGAUCCAAUAUAAAGUGGGAAUGUAAAAUAAGGAGGCAUCUUAUCGAUGAUAUGUAUCGAUAAUAUCGAACUGAGGAUCAUUGAAUCGAUACGCCGAUCCAGAUCUAGUUCUGAGUGUCCUGUCCUAUCGCUACAUAAGUGCCACAUGAGCUAUGCAAUGUAUAGUAACCUAUACCCAUACUCACAUGCUCUGUUAGACUGGAUUCUCUUUCCAUCUCUCUCUCUCUCUCUCUCUCUCUCUCUCUCCUCCUUUCUCGCUUCCCUCCUCGACUCUUUAUCAAUACUUGAAAUGUAAUCUUUCGCUUCCUUUCCAAAGCGAAUGAUUGUUGUGACGUUUGCACUGAAAAGUUGCGGGAUUAGCGAGACAAAAAACUGCCAUUGAAAAGUUAUUUUUAUAGAAGUAAAUUGAAUUUUGUUUCAAAUGUAUUUUACCUAAUUAAUGGAACCAAAGAGGCCAAUAUUUUAGCUAUUGUACUAAGAUGGCACGGCCAUUGAGUUACUGUGUACAAUGCUGUUUUUGAUCAUUUGCAAUAGGCCUACCACUGUAUCAGGGUACGAUAUAUGAUUUCAUUUCUUAGCUCUAUUUUCAUUCCGUUUUGUACAAUAAGCAACACUUUUCAUCUUUAAUUCUGUUUUUGUUUUAAGUUUUCUAUUUAAUAAAAAAGUUAUUUUUAGUUCCUUUCUAAGAAUCAUUUAGUCAAAUUAAUGUCAUCUGUACAGUUUAUGUAAAAUAAAAUGUUUUCUUAAAUAUUCA